GUUGAAUAGAUUUUGAAGUGAGGCAAAACUAAACUACCAUAACUAAAAAGAAAAGAAAGGAAAAACAGAAUUGUGCAGAAGGAAUGGCUUUGCUGCCAAGGUUCAUAUCUUUGGGAUUCCAGGGGAAAUACUUAGAGUGUGUUGCGGGAGGAGGAGACUCAAACGGGCUGAUACAACUUUCAGGUGAGGACGCAUUGAGCCCCAAGGCGAGGAUUGAAGUGGAGAAGGCAUUGAGCUCGGAUGAAUUGGUGCACUUAAAGUGUUGUUACACAAAUAAGUACCUGAGGAGGAGGUCAGAGAGUGAUGACUCAAUUGCUGCUGUCGCCACUGAACCAGAGGAGGACCAAUCUAAAUGGUCCUGCACUUUGUUCCGACCACGACCUCGAUCUCCACCACUUGAAACUGAGUCUGACUCGGCGCUGCAGCCUAUAUCAUCAGAUACAUAUGCUUUUGAUUUUGAGAUAAUGGCACCUCCUCCUCCUCAUCAUCCUAAUGGUGGAGGUCCCUAUUAUCUUUUCAGCCCAGUUUUGCAGGGAAAAAAGGAAAGUGAAGAUGCUCUGGUAGAAGUCAGUGAUCAAUAUCACCUCAAGAUGAGCUCCAAUACUUCCGAAGCAGCAUUCACAGUCACAGACACGCAAGCGGUGGUCCAACUGCCGCGGUUCGUAAUUUUCAAGGCAGACAACGGCAGGUACUUGUGGCAAGUGCAACUGCAAGGUACUCACCAUUUUACAUUUGCAGUUAUUGAAGAGGAUUAUCUGGAUGCUGCAGUGUUCGAGGUUUUCAGGAUGACUGAUGGCUCUGUUCGCCUUCGUCUCUGCUUCGCUCUCUCUGAGAACAUAUUUCUGGGGUUGAACGGUUCAAAUAUCAUGCUUGAAUUCUCGGGUAUCAAUGAUCUCUAUGACCUUCGAGGUCGGUUCCGCCCCGUGAAGCUAGGCUCAGAUACGAAUGGUAUUGGUCUCAGAGUACUAUCCAACAACUGUUGGUGCAAGAGACAUACCACAACUGGUAACCUUGUUGCGACAUCAAAUCAGGUUGAAGCAACUGCUGUGUUGCAGUUUGAGGAAGCCGUUGGUACACGAUCUGUGUAUGAGAUAAACUACCGAAUGCAGGAUGCAAAGCUCUAUGACUUCGCUCCGGUUACAUCAGUCACCAAGGACGUCAAGAACGCAUCUCAAACCACCCAAGCCGGAGAAUUGACCUUCAGCUACACUGAAACCAAGAGCGAGAGCUGGGGAAACAUGGAUUCAUGGGGUGUAGGUGUCACAGUGAGUAUGAAAGCGCGAAUACCCUUUGUCGGAGGACUCGAGGUUAGCACUGGAGCCGAAUAUGAGGGGGAGUAUCAGUGGGGGGAAACCAAAGAAACAGAACAGGAAAUUGCCACACAACUACAAGUUGAGGUACCACCCAUGAGUAGGACCCAAGUCACCAUGAUCGUAUCGAGGGGUACCCUUGAGGUACCCUUCUCCUACACUCAGCGUGACACUCUUUAUAAUGGUCAGCUCAUCGUUACUGAAGUUGAUGGCGGCAUUUUCUCUGGUGUCAAUACCUAUGUUUCCUAUGAAACUACUGAAAAAAGUCUUUGAUACUAUAUUCAGCUUCUUGUCCUUUCAUUAUCGUUGCUUAAUCUUUCAGUAUCUGUAUCUGUCCAAUUGUACGAUCAACUUCGAUGUUUCCUACCUACGUUUAAAGUAUUCCCCUCCGGUUAAAUAAAAGUUAAACUAUAUGGAGCCAGGAGCCAUCCACUGUGUUUCACUUUUCAUGUCUGUUAAUGAUGGUAUUUAUGUAUUGGGUAUUCCUGAUCCUUCUUCAGGCCCGUUCUCGACAAUUUGUGGCUCACUUCUAGUAAAGCUUUACUUUACUUUGAUAUAUAUUCUCAUCAAAUAUCAAUAAUCCAUUAUAUAUAAAUCUUACAUUUUAUAAUAUUUAUCACAAGUUUUGAA